AUGCAGGCUGCCCGGACAGCUGCUCCCCAGCUGCGUUCCGCCGCCCGGUGGUACAGCGCCGAGGCUGAGGGUCAGAAGAAGGCCGACGAGGGCGCCGAGAAGAAGGAGGGUGAGGCCGAUGAUGGCGUUGCUGCCCUUAAGAAGCAGCUCGAGGCCAAGGAUGCUGAGGCCCGCGAGUGGAAGGACAAGUGCCUUCGCACCGUCGCCGAUUUCCGCAACCUCCAGGAGCGCACCGCCCGCGACGUCAAGCAGGCCAAGGACUUCGCCAUCCAAAAGUUCGCCAAGGACCUCGUUGAGAGCGUCGACAACUUCGACCGCGCCUUGAGCGUCGUUCCCAAGGAGAAGCUCAAGUCCGAGGAGAAGUCCGAGCACCUCAAUGACCUGGUCAACCUGUACGAGGGUCUCAAGAUGACCGAGAACAUCCUCCUCCAGACCCUCAAGAAGCACGGUCUCGAGCGCAUCGACCCCGAUGGUGAGGUCUUCAACCCCAACGAGCAUGAGGCCACCUUCAUGGCCCCCAUGCCCGACAAGGAGCACAACACCGUCUUCCACAUCCAGCAGAAGGGCUUCAAGCUCAACGGCCGCGUCCUCCGCCCCGCCCAGGUCGGUGUCGUCAAGAACAAAUAA